GUGCUGGGCCCGACCCACCCGGACACGCACGCCGCGCUGAGCAACCUGGCGACCCUGCUGGAGGCCCAGGGCAGGCCCGAGGAGGCCGAGCCGCCGCGGCGGCGCGUGCUCGUGACCAACGUGGCCCAGCUGGGGUCGCAGCACCCGGUGACCCUGGCGUGCAUGAGCUGCCUGGCCGACGUGCUGCAGCGCCAGGGGCAGUACACGGAGGCGUACCUGCACUGCCGGCAGGGCCUGCAGAUCAAGGAGAAGGUGCUCGGACACAGUCACACCGAGACCCUCCUCUCGCUCAACAACCUGGCGACGCUGCUGGAGAAGAUGGGGCACCUCGACGAGGCGGAGGUGCUCGCGCGCAGGGCGGUGGCGAUGUACGAGCAAAAGCUGGGGAGAGAGCACCUCACCACCCUGACGUGCACGAGCAACCUCGCCGCGAUCCUGCAGAAGAAGGGUAGCUACGGAGAGGCCGAGCCGCUGUGCCAGAGGGUCGUGACGGGCCGGCAGCAAGAGCUGGGCUCGGAUCAUCCUGCCACACUGACCGCCCUCAGCAACCUGGCUGCAGUGCUGCAGUCCACGAAGGGGCUGAAAGAUGCGGAGCCUCUGACGCGCCAAGCUUUUGAACGCCGCCGGAAGACGCUGGGCCUGGCUCACGACGACACCCUGGUGUCCUUGAGCAACUUGGUGUCGCUCCUCUACCGCUCGGACCAGAAGAAGCAGGUAGAGCCCCUGUGCGCGGAGGCCGUGCAGGCCAUAACGGACCUGCUGGGCUCGGAGCACCCCAAGACGCUGACCGCGUCGCUAAACCUGGCGGUGGUCCUGAGGAAGCUCGGGCAUGACAAGAGGGCCGAGGUGCUGUUCAAGGAAGUUCUCAGGUCGAGGCAGCGGUCGCUGGGCAGGGCGCACCCCGACACACGCCAUGCGCUUGCUCAGACCGCGGCCCAGGUGCAGCUGUUGGGGAAGCUCGACGAAGCACUGGCGCUGCGCGAGGAGCACAUGGACAUUACCGAGGAGGUGUACGGGGUGGGUCACCCCGAGGCGGAGGCCUGCGUGAAGAAGGUGGCCGAGCUGCUGAAGAAGCUCGGGCGUGCCGACAAGAUCGCGGGCCUGUACAUUAAGCACAGCGUGCGGUCCAACGAGACCCUGCUCAGCACAA